AUGUCGAAAUUUGCGGGCCUUCCCGGUAUCGACACGUCGCUGAGAGACGUGUAUGAGACCAGCGAUACCGAGAUCGUCAAUCCCCAGCCGCCGCUGCCCCCGCCUAAUGAGGAUAUUAUAACCGAAAGUAUCGACGCCAGAGGGGCAUUAUUUCAAAAUCUAGAUCUUGGUUUUGGUGGAAAUGGUGCUAGACUAUUUGGGGAAACAGAGACUACGCCGAAACUGGGGUUGGAGACUCGUCAACAGCGACUACUACGGAUUGCCAGAGAACUAGAAGAACUCGAGCAAGAAGAGGAUGACACCGAAGAAAUUGAGCGGUUGAAACAAAUGGUGGAAGCGCUGAAACAACCACUGAGGUAUAGCGAACACUACCAGGAACUUGUGGCCCUAUUUAAGCAUGUAUCAGUGGAUCAUCCAUCAAAUGAAAUGGGGUCAUCUUCAGUCCAAACACCAUCACCUAUACCAUCUCUGGGGCUUUCAUCAGUGGAGAAACGUGUGGCUAGUCUCGAAAGUCGUGUGGGGGAUGCGCCAGUGCUGACAGUGGUGGCCGACUUGGACCGCAAGAUCAAUAUUAUUUAUAACCCGGAAUAUGAGCUUGGAAAAGUUCAAGAUAAGCUCAAGGUGUUGAGUGAAGACUAUGAGAAGUUGAUUGCUAAACAGAAAGUGUUUGAAUUGGAAGAACCCAAGACGCCACACCCGGUACAAGUGGAACAGCUAUUCAACCGGCUACCGCAAUUUGAUGCUGUAAACGAACAGGUGCCUGGAAUCAUUGAUAGACUACAAACAUUGGCUUCGGUACACGCCGAGGUGGUAAACUGUGUUGACGCUAACCAGAGGUUAGACCAAGUGUUGGCGCUGAUUGAAGCCUAUAUGAAGAAAUGGGACGCCCAUCUUGAUGACGUGGCGGAGCAGUUGACGGCGAGUGAAGAGGCAUUCGCUGAGAAUAAGCGGAAGCUCCUCGAGGAGUUGAAAAAAUGA